AUGGAUGACGGGCUGUUGGCAGGUGGUGGACUGGGGUCGGAGGCUAUGGCGCCGGACCCCGAGCUCACCGGCUGGACUCUGGAAGGGGAGCUGGGGCCCCUCGAGAAAGGUUUGCUCGAAGAUGAAGAUUCAUGCAGUGAUUGUAGCAAUCAUGAUAAACCAGCUGACUGCAGGGCCUCUGAGGUAAAAGAAUUCACAGCUGAGUUCUUAGAGAAGGUCCUUGAAUCAUCUGGACGGCGGGCAGUCUCGCACACUGAUGUGUUCGAGGUGCUGGCUGCAGUCACAGACGAGGACUUUACGGCCUUGAAGGCAGUGGUGAGGCUUGCUGACCCGGACCCGUACCUCUGUGGAUCUCAAGGGAACACUUUUACUUUGGAGUGUAUGAAAGAGCUCCUUGAUCUGAAGGAACACUGGUUGCAGGAGCUGUGGGUGGUGCUUGAUGAUUCUGGAGUAUUUGACCAGACAGCACUUUCAAUUGAGCGUAUCAGGUUUUUCUAUCAGAACAUUUGGAGGAGUUGGGCUGAAGAAGAAGAGGAUGAAUACGAUUAUUUUGUUAGAUGUGUUGAACCUCGACUGAGAUUGCAUUAUGACAUUUUUGAAGACCAAGUUCCUUCAGGACUUAUUGUUGACUAUCAAAAUCUGUUGACUCAGUGUGAGGAGAGUUAUAGGAAAUUUUUAAAUCUGAGAAGCUGUUUGUCAAAUUGUAACUCUGAUUCUGAGCAGGAAAACGUCUCCAUGCUGGAAAGGUUAAAAUUGUAUUCAGAGAUCGAACAGUUGAAACGACAGCUAAAACUCAUUGAGAAUCCUUUGUUGAGGUAUGUGUUUGGUUGUCAGAAGACUUCUAAUACACAAGCAAAGGGCAUCCGUCCAAAUGGCCCAAAGGUCACCCAUGUGGUCUCCUCCACCAUGACGACUGGUCUGCUGUAGUCCCUGCUCAGGGAUAAGCUUUGUCCAGAGCCUUGUAAGGAAGAAAUAGAAAUUCAGUUCCGUAGUGAUCCAUUGUCUGCUAUAAAUGCCUGCUACGAGGGCGACGCUGUUAUUGUUUGUCCUGGCCAUUACGUGGUACAUGGUACAUUCUCCAUUGCUGACUCCACUGAGUUGGAAGGGUAUGGUCUAGCAGAUGAUAUUGUGAUAGAAAAGGGAGGCAAAGGAGACACUUUUGUGGAUUGUACGCGUGUGGAUAGUAAAAUCUCGAGUAUAAAAUUUGUUCAGCAUGAUGCCGUGGAAGGAAUCUUAAUUAUUCACCAUGGCGAGACUACAUUGGAAAACUGUGUACUGCAGUGUGAAACUACAGUGGUCACAGUACGAACAUCAGCAGAAUUUUUAAUGAAGAACUCAGAUUUAUACGGUGCCAAGGGUGCAGGUAUAGAAAUAUAUCCUGGGAGUAAGUGCGCCCUAAGUGACCAUCGGAUCCAUCACUGCAAGGAAGGGCACUGCAAAGAAGGGAUCCUCGUUAAGGACUUCUUAGAUGAACAUUAUGGCAUUCCCCAAAUAUCCAUGGUGAAUAAUGUCAUACAUAAUAACGAAGGUUCUGGUGUUGUCUUGGUGAAACCUACAAUUUUCUCUGACCUGCAAGAAAAUGCUCAAGAGGAAACUGAAGGAAAGAAAGCACUUAAAGUUCAGCCAAGUGGAGAGACAGAUGUAGCUGAAAGAGUGGAUCUAGAAGAGCUGAUUCAAUGUGCAACUGGUAAAAUGGAGCUUUAUGUGAGAGCUGACCUUUCUGAGCAAGUUGAGAGCAAUUGUGAAAUUGUAAAUGAACUAGUUGCUGCCUCCACGCAGAAAAGCCAGAUGAAGAAGAAAAGGUUGAGUGAACUGGGGAUCACGCAAGCUGAUGACAACUUAAUGUCACAGGAGAUGUUUGUUUCAAUUGUGGGGAACCAGUUCAAGUGGAAUGGGAAAAGCAGUUUCAGCACAUUUUUGUUCCGGCCACUGUGA